GCCUCAUUGUCUUCAGACAUAGCCAUUAGCACAUCCCACCCAACGUCUCUGGAGGGGUCUCUGGAUGUGAGACGGCGAACUGCAGUCAUGGAGUCCCUCGAGGACAUUCUCUACGGUUCCAUCGCCGGCAUCGUCGGCAAGUACAUCGAGUACCCCUUCGACACAGUCAAGGUCCGGCUCCAGUCACAACCUGACCAUCUUCCCUUGCAAUACAAAGGACCACUGGACUGCUUCCGCCAGUCCAUACGAGCCGACGGCUUCCUGGGCCUAUACCGCGGCAUCAGCGCACCCCUCGUGGGCGCCGCCCUGGAGAACAGCAGUCUGUUCUUCUUUGAGCGCAUAGGCAGGGAGACACUCUUCAAGUUCCGGUUCUGCGCCCGCGACCAGCCGAUGCCCCUGCCUGCACUGUGGUUCACGGGCGCCUUCUCGGGCUUGUUCACGUCGUUUGUGCUCACGCCCGUCGAACUCGUCAAGUGCAAGAUUCAGGUGCCCGAGGAGGUGGCUGUUGGUGCUGCCAGGAAGGCACCGCUCAAGCCGUUGGCAGUGAUCAAGGACAUCUUCCGGCACGAUGGCCUCAGGGGUUUCUGGCACGGGCAGAUGGGCACGCUGAUCAGAGAGGCUGGCGGAUGCGCGGCGUGGUUCGGGUCCAAGGAGACGACGUCCAAGUUCUUCAUGCAGCGCAAUCUGAACAAGGCAAAGUCACAGGCCGAGAGAGAUGUGAUCUCGGCAAGCCCUCUGCCGUUGUGGCAGCAGGCCGUGGCGGGCGCGUCCGCGGGCGUGUCAUACAAUUUCUUGUUCUUCCCUGCAGACACAAUCAAGUCACGGAUGCAGACGAGCCCGCUUGGAGGAGCGUUGGCGAAGAAGACGUUUGUCGGGGAGGCGGUGGCGCUGUGGAGACAGGCCGGCCUCAAGGGGUUCUACAGAGGUUGCGGCAUCACCUGCCUGCGGUCCGCGCCCAGCUCGGCUUUCAUUUUUAUGGUUUAUGAUGGGCUUAAGAAGUAUGUGCCGCUUUCAUAACUGGGAUACCCUGAUACAUUAUCGUCAUCAUUACGGAUUUAGAUCUAGACAGCUCGGAAGGCAGAGAGAGGGAAAGAAGGUGACUGGAAUAGGCAUGAGACAUGAUCUGAUUUGGACGAGAGGAAUACGAAUGCACAUAUAUGGGACGGGGUUAUAGAAGGAAGGACGCAUAGAGGAAUGAAUUACUGCCGAUCGAUACAAGUGGACUUAGACAAAAAGAUAUACUGGCAUGUCAUCGGCACUCGGUUCUGGAUUAUUUAGAGAGAAAAAGGUGUACUCUCACUAUCUAGGCUAGAUUGUGAAUGGGGAACUGCUCGUCAUUCUUGUACAAGCUUUGUAAGUUCUGCAUAAACCAAUAACCCUAUGAAUCCAUUAUCGUCCGAAAUCAUCAUCCUCAAAACCCUAUGAAGAUAGUGAGUGUCCUGCAUUCAGAGUACCACAUUUGAACCACUCCUGCUGUCGAUCAAUCACCAGCAAAAACAAGAAAGCAAAGCCAGAGGUACGCAACUUGACAUCGUAUUGAAACUCACACGCGGAAGACACUGAUCGAUACAAUCUGGUGAUGAUGUUCAGCUCCAUCAGGCUAACUGGAGAAUCACUCAGCCUUGCUCCUCAGGUCCUUGCCCUUGAAAUCCCACUCAUUCAAGUAUCCCGCGCCGACACAGAGAUACGUCGCGAAGCUCAACCACCCAAGAUAUGGCAGCAUCAGAUACGAGGCCGUCCUGUCGAUGCCCCACCACAACUUGGUGAGAUAGACGUUCACACCCAG